AUGUCCUGUCCUAUAGGUUGUUAUGACUGCUGUAUGAAGUGCCUGGGAGGAGUACCCUAUUGCUCCCUGGUGGCCACUAUGCUAUGUUUCUCAGGGAUAGCUCUGUUCUGUGGCUGUGGUCACCAGGCCCUCACUGAGACGGAGAGACUCAUCGAGACAUACUUCGCCCGUAACCUACAGGACUACAUUACCCUGGCCUACCUUAUCCAGUACUUCCAGUAUGUUAUCUAUGGCCUGGCUUCAUUCUUCUUCCUCUACUGCAUCGUACUGCUGGCGGAGGGAUUCUACACCACCAGCGCCGCCAAGCAGACCUUUGGAGAGUUCAGGAGCACCCUGUGUGGACGCUGUCUUAGUAGCACGUUUAUAUUAAUAACGUACCUGCUGGUGGUGGUGUGGCUGUUGGUGUUUGCCUUCUCUGCCUUGCCUGUCUACUUCUUCUACAACAUGGCCGCUACCUGCCACACCAUCACCGUCCUGACUGAGACCCCAGCUAGCAUCAACCAGCUCUGUAUCGACGCCAGGCAGUACGGGCUCCUACCAUGGAAUGCGAUGCCAGGCAAAGCUUGUGGAAUGACACUGUCCACUGUCUGCAAAACCAGAGAGUUCCGUCUGACCUACGACCUGUACAUCGCAGCGUUCGCCGGGGCUGGCAUCACACUCUUGGCGCUGCUCACCUACAUGGUGUCCACCACCUAUAACUUUGCGUUGCUGCGGUACCUGGGGAGAAAGGGCAUCGGCACGCGGUGUUAGACUCUCCACUUCCUCCCUCCUGUCUCUCGAUCUGACACAGAGACACCCAGAGGGAACACUAUGACUCCCUGACACCCCUCUACCUAUCCUCAACACCACCGGUGGAGUUGAUUCUUUGAACUUAAAUGAUUGCUUCCUUCAGUGAAUUCUGUUCUGUCCAUUUUCCCUUCAAGACCCACCAGCGUUUCCCUGUACUGUGUCUUCAUAGCAUAAUGGGUGGUUCAGUGGAAGUUUUGUUGAGGAACCCAGACGUAUACUACCGUUUUGUGCUGCUUUGUCACACUGUCUUUCUCAUGUUAUAUUUAGUUUGCUCUGAAGCUGUCUUCAAGUUUUCUGUAUUUUGUUAUUCUCCAUGUAUAUUUUAUCGUGUGUGUGUGUCACCAAAUGUUUGUAAAGAUUGACGUAAUCUUCCUCAUAUACUGAGGUUAGUGUGCCUGGCAUAUACUCCAUGUUUUAUCUUUCUUCACUUUUAAAAGAAAUCGCAAUGUAAAACCUAACUAAUCAUUUUGGUAACAUAACAAAUAAUUUUAUUUUACAAAUAUCUUCAGUUAUAAAUGUCACACUGAUUUAUGGUAAGGGACUACUUGCCUACUUUAGGCUAUGGGAUUAUAAUCAGUUACCAUGGGUACCAUCCCUCACAUCUGGUUGCCAUGGUGCCAGACAAGCGUGCAUUUGCAGUUCUUCUCUCUGACCUCAGGGCCUUUUCUCACGGGCAGCAGAAAGGCCUCAACAAUGGAGGCCGCCCCGCAUAGGACUUCUUAGAAAACUAACCAAUCAGAGGGGAUUCCAAGGGUCCACCUGCCCCGGCCCCCGGGUGGGAGAUGGAAGGGGGGGGGUCUGUAUGACAAGGCCCCUUUGUUACUAUAGGGACCUUGGUCUGUGGCAAGGGUCAUAUUGAAUGUCAGAGGGAGAGGGUCUUCAUGACAAAGACAGGGUAAAGGCUGAAUACUUCUCUCAAUGGCCUGAAUACAACCCUUCUGUGAUGGGCCCACUGCUGCACGACACCCCAUCUGUUGGAGGUGAUGGACCCUGUGAAGGGAUUUGGAAUGAAAAGGGUUAACAUUUGUUUGAACGAAGGGAUUUCUCAUCUGAGAAAAGGGACAGUAUGUUUAGUGAGUUUGUGUUGGUACAGAUCAAGAGGAGAAGUCCUUAAUUUCUCUGUUUUUAAUGUUAAGAUGGUAAAGUUGUUACAGGUGCUUACUUUUUUAGCAACCUUUUAUGUUAUUUAGAAGUUUAAAAUAUCUCUUAAGAUGCUUGACUCUGUUUGGCACUACAUUGAGGUGAUAUUAUUAUUAUUAUUGCUCUCCCUUCUGGCGGUAUAUAUGGUAUCGUUUGCAAGGGAUGAGGUUCUUAUAUAGAGGCAAAACGAUGCAGUUUGGUCUCUGUAGCUGUCUAGAAAAUAAUUAGUAGUUAUUGUAUAACACCCUACUACUUACUGUAGAUAAAUGUACUAAUCUUAAUGACAAUUUAAACUUUGUUUAAACAAAAGACGGCUUCUUUAACUAACAAAAUAUAUUGUAACAUACUGUGAGUAUAGGUUAUCCAAUUGGGUGGAAGCUUUAUCCAGCAGCACAGGUUGGUUUUGUGAAUUGACAGCUGGCUGUUUGUUUCUUUUGUGUUUUUAUGAUACCAUGUUGGUUUGGUAAUAAAAUAUGGUCUCUCCUUUUUAAAGAAGUUGUUCUCUCUCUUUCUGUUACGACCGGGUAUCGAACCCAUGAUGUCCAUGCUACUCUAAGGUUAAUACUACUUUGUGUGCCCUGCAAGCUCCUCGACGUGGCAUUUAGUUAUUAACAUUUAUGUAAAGUCUGCCACGGGAAACUAGGCUGCUCAUCACACAAGCAUAGCUCACUGAACCAACUCUGUUACACCUCUCAAUAUCAGUAAAUGUUUUGUGUGAGAAAAGCCUGGUGUUGUAUUCUCUGAUUGGUUUGAUGCUACUGUAGGCCGUGACCUCCUGGGACUGGUGUUGUAUUCUCUGAUUGGUUUGAUGCUACUGUAGGCCGUGACCUCCUGGGACUGGUGUCGUAUUCUCUGAUUGGUUUGAUGCUACUGUAGGCCGUGACCUCCUGGGACUGGUGUUGUAUUCUCUGAUUGGUUUGAUGCUACUGUAGGCCGUGACCUCCUGGGACUGGUGUCGUAUUCUCUGAUUCGCUCAUCGCUUCUCUU